AUGCGGUUCUCGCUGCUUCUCGCAGGAUCUGCCGCGGCGAGCGCCUAUGCCCAUGGAAAUGUGGACAGAAGUUCUUUUCAGGCAAAGUGCGAGUCUUUCGCGCACAAUAUUAAAGUCCAAGAUACCACUAUUCACAGUGUGACCCACGUGCCGAUUGGAACGAACAUCUCCAUGUCGAAUGUUCCAGCCGCCUGUGCCUCGAACGCAGAUAGCUCAAGCAGCACAUUCGAAUUCUGCCGUGUUGCGCUCAAUGUGACGACUUCGUCAAAGAGUGAGAUUUUCAUGGAGGCGUGGCUACCUAGCAAUUACUCUGGUCGAUUCUUGAGUACCGGAAAUGGAGGUCUCGGUGGCUGCAUUCAAUACUCUGACAUGGUGUACGCCGCAAAUUAUGGAUUUGCCACUGUCGGUACCAACAAUGGUCAUUUUGGCGAUACUGGUGUCUACUUCUACCACAAUUCCGAAGUGCUCGAAGACUACGCCUACCGAGCUGUGCACACUGGUGUCGUUGUUGGCAAAGAACUUACCAAGCGAUUUUAUACCGAGGGUUUCGAGAAGUCCUACUAUAUGGGCUGCUCGACUGGCGGUCGCGAGGGGUGGAAGUCUAUUCAGAAGUUCCCCAAUGACUUUGAUGGCGUGGUCGCUGGAGCACCUGCAGUCAACUUGGUCAAUCUUAUCAACUGGGGUGCUCGAUUCCUCCCAACGACUGGCAAUUCGAGCGCAGCCACAUUCGUGACGGAUGCCCAGUGGAUCAUCAUUCACGAUGAAAUUCUUCGACAAUGUGAUGAUCUCGAUGGUGCCGCAGAUGGGAUCAUCGAGGAUCCGGACCUUUGCCAGCCCAUCUUUGAGACACUGCUAUGCAAUCCGACUGCAGGUGCUGAUUCAAGUUCGUGCCUUACGGCUACGCAAGUAAAGACUGUCAAUACUAUCUUCAGUCCUCUUUAUGGAAACAAUGACACACUAUUGUACCCUCGCAUGCAGCCUGGGUCCGAGCUGACCGCGGCCUAUGUUUACUAUAACGGCCAGCCAUUCAAUUACGCAGAGGACUGGUUCCGCUACGUGGUUUACAGCAACCCCAGUUGGGAUCCUGCCUCAUGGACUGUGAAUGAUGCUGUGAUCGCGAAUGCCCAAGAUCCAUACCAGGUCUCGACUUUCCAAGGCGACAUCUCCGAAUUCCAGAAGAAGGGCAAGGUCCUCCACUACCACGGAAUGGAGGACCCAAUCAUUUCGUCUGACAGUUCGAAGAUGUACUACAAACAUGUUGCUGACACCAUGAAACUCAGCCCAUCGGAGCUGGAUGAAUUCUACCGUUUCUUCACAAUCAGUGGAAUGGGUCACUGCUCGACCGGUGAUGGUGCCGGAUCUAUUGGUCAAGGUGUAGGGACCUUUGCGGGAAAUGACCCGCAGGACAAUGUUCUCCUUUCAAUGGUGCGAUGGGUGGAAGAGGGCAUCGCCCCAGAUUUUGUGCGUGGUACCAAGUUUAAUGGCACCGAGGUAGAAUACCGUCGAAAGCAUUGCAAGUACCCUAAGCGCAACAAGUAUGUUGGUCCUGGUGCUUAUGAGGAUGAGAAUGCUUGGGAAUGUGUUUGA